CUGCGCAGUCGGUGUGCCUGCGCGCGUCGCUGGGCGGAAGCUGUAGUCAGCGCUGCUGCACGUGUGGUCUGCGGCUAUGGAGGUAGUAAUGCGUGCGGACGCCAAGGUACGCGUUGAGAGUGGAACGGAGUCCAGCCCUCGAGGCCCAGGCUGCAGCCUCCGGCACUUUGCUUGUGAACAAAACCUGCUGUCCCGGCCGGAUGGAUCUGCUUCUUUUCUGCAAGGUGAUACCUCUGUCCUGGCUGGAGUCUAUGGGCCCGCUGAGGUGAAGGUCAGCAAGGAGAUCUUCAACAAGGCCACACUUGAAGUGAUCCUGAGGCCAAAGAUAGGGCUGCCUGGCGUGGCUGAGAAAAGCCAGGAGCGCCUGAUCCGGAACACAUGUGAGGCAGUGGUGCUGGGUGCCCUGCACCCCCGUACCUCCAUCACCGUGGUGCUGCAGGUGGUCAGUGAUGCCGGCUCUCUCUUGGCCUGUUGCCUAAAUGCUGCCUGCAUGGCACUGGUGGAUGCAGGUGUGCCCAUGCGGGCUCUCUUCUGUGGGGUUACCUGUGCCCUAGACUCUGAUGGCAAUCUCCUGCUGGACCCCACAGCCAAGCAAGAAAAGAAGGCCCGGGCCGUCUUGACCUUUGCUCUGGACAGCGUGGAGCAGAAGCUGCUGAUGUCCACCACCAAAGGACUGUAUUCUGAUGCUGAGCUGCAGCAGUGCCUGGCCGCAGCCCAGGCAGCCUCACAACACAUCUUCCGCUUCUACCGGGAAUCGCUGCAGAGGCGCUACUCCAAGAGCUGAGGCAAGCCAGGGCAGCACCCCCUCCCGCCACCAUGCCCACUGCCUCCAGCUGCUGCAGGCCAGCACCCAGCCUUGCCUCUGUGCCCAUGUGACUUCCAGUCCUGUAGAGGCAAGAACUCCUGUAAUGGGCUGGGGACAGGACUCGGGGACAGAGGCUUGGCAUUUGACAUCUCCAUACCUGGACACAACCCCCUGACCACCACCACCACCAGAGCACUAUUAAAGGGAGCUCACCUGUGUUGAA